UAAGGCUGAGCUCCAGCAGCAGUACACCGGCAGCCUUGACACAUCAGUGUACUCGGCUCCGCUCGCUGUGUUUCGGAGCUGCUGUACACUCGGGUCUAAGGGCGACUCGGAUCUCCGGAAGUCUCCACCCGUUAAGAGUAACGGUGCGCGUCCAAACGCGGCUCUCCUUUCUCAUUUGUUUCUUGAAUGUUGCACUGAAAAUGGCGAUCUGCGCUCAGCCCUCGAGUCUCUUCUGGCUCUUCUCGGUGCAAACGGUGUUGCUUCUGUGUGUGUCCUGGCCCGGAACGGCGACGCUUCGCUUCCCGCAGCAGUACACGAUGAUGCACUGGGCAAGCCGUAUAGAGAAGGAACUGGAGAAAGUUCUACCCCAGGUCACAGGAGUCCACCAGAUGAAAUCAAUCUACCUUGAGAAAAGAAGUCAGUUUGAUGUAAAGAGGAACACGCCCAAGGACCUGGUGGACAGAGUGGCUAAGGACAUCGCCAAGCUGCUGAACAGUAAACGCAAAGCACUCGAGAGACUGGCCAGGGAGGCAGAGCUGAUCCAGACAUUGCACCCCUGGAGGGACAACAUUUCAGCGAGCGCAAUAGAGUACUACGAUGCCAAGGCUGAGUCCGAUUAUUCUGAAGAUAGCGACGAAGCUAGCCAGUUGGAUAUCCUGAAGUCCAUUUCGCUGGAGUUUGUGGACGACCCCAAUUUCAAAAACAAAGUCAAUUACUCCUACACUGCUGUCCAGAUCCCAACUGACAUCUACAAAGGCUCUCCCACUAUCCUGAACGAGCUGAACUGGACGCAGGCACUGGAGCGUGUGUUUAUCGAUAACAGCAGAGAGGACCCCUCACUGCGCUGGCAGGUCUUCGGAAGCGCCACCGGGGUCACGAGAUACUACCCAGCUACACCAUGGAGAGCCCCCAACAAGAUCGACCUGUACGAUGUACGGAGGCGGCCAUGGUACAUUCAAGGCGCCUCUUCUCCUAAAGAUAUGGUCAUCAUUGUGGAUGUGAGCGGUAGUGUAAGUGGACUGACUUUGAAGCUGAUGAAGACCUCUGUGAUUGAGAUGCUGGACACACUGUCUGAUGAUGAUUAUGUAAAUGUAGCACAGUUUAGUGAAAAAGCAGACGCCGUUGUGCCGUGCUUUAAGACGCUGGUCCAAGCUAAUGUGAGAAACAAAAAGAUCUUCAAAGAGAAGGUGAUGCACAUGCAAGCGAAGGGGACGACGGACUAUAAAUCCGGCUUUCAGUUUGCUUUUGAGCAACUGUUAAAUGAGACCAGCGCUCCAAGGGCAAACUGCAAUAAGAUGAUAAUGAUGUUCACAGAUGGCGGAGAGGAUCGAGCUCAAGAGGUCUUCGAGAAGUACAACUGGCCCAAUAAAACAGUUCGAGUUUUCACUUUUUCUGUGGGGCAGCAUAACUACGACGUCACUCCGCUGCAGUGGAUUGCGUGUGCCAACAAAGGAUACUACUUCGAGAUCCCUUCCAUCGGAGCAAUCAGGAUCAACACACAGGAGUAUCUAGACGUCCUGGGAAGGCCGAUGGUGUUAGCAGGCAACCGGGCUAAGCAAGUUCAGUGGACCAACGUGUACCAGGAUGCUCUGGGCCUGGGUUUGGUCAUUACUGGGACGAUGCCGGUCUUCAAUCUUACUAGUGAUGGAGACUCGAAGAAUCAGCUAAUUCUGGGAGUCAUGGGAGUGGAUGUUGCACUUAGUGAAAUUAAGCAGCUCACACCACAGUAUAAACUUGGAGCCAAUGGUUACACUUAUGCCAUAGACCCCAAUGGCUACGUUCUGCUACACCCAAACUUACAACCUAAGAUCAUUAAUUUCAGAGAACCGGUUACACUUGACUUCCUGGAUGCAGAGCUGCCAGACAACAACAAGGAGGAGAUUCGUCGACAUAUGAUUGACGGGAAGCCAGGUCAGAAGAAAAUCAAGACAUUAGUUAAGUCUGUAGACAAGCGAUACAUUGACCAGGUCACGAGGACUUAUAUAUGGGCACCAGUAGAUGGCACAGAUUACAGUCUCGGUUUGGUGCUGCCCACAUACAGUGAGAACUACAUCAGGGCCAACCUCAGCGAUCAGAUCCUGCAAGUCCAGUUAAAAGACACCACGGAUUUUGAAUCUCUCCUGCCACACACUUUUGAGUCAGAGGGACAUGUGUUGAUAGCCCCAAGGGAAUACUGCAAAGACCUGGAACUUUCUGGCAACAACACGGAGUUCCUACACAACUUCAUCGCUCUGAUGGAGAAAGUCACUCCAGACUCCAAACAAUGUGACAACUUUCUGCUGCAUAACCUAAUCCUGGACACUGGCAUCAUCAGACAGCUGGUGGAGAAAGUGUGGAAAACCAAGGACCUCAACACAUAUGGAUUUUUGGCCGUCUUUGCAGCUACGGAUGGAGGCAUCACCCGUAUCUUUCCCAAUAAAGCUGCUGAGACCUGGGAGGAGGAUCCAGAGCCAUUUAAUGCCAGUUACUACCGCCGCAGUCUGGACAACAAGGGUUACAUCUUUAGAGCACCAUAUCGUAGCCCAAAUGCAAUCUACCAGGAUCAGGAGAAUGACACGAUUGGCAUCCUGGUCAGUACAGCUGUCGACAUUGCAGUGGGCAGCAGAAACAUCAAGCCGGCUGUUGUGGGUGUAAAGUUGGACCUUGAAGCUUGGACUUCGAAAUUUAAGAUCCUUGCCAGCAACCACACUGAUAACAUUCGACAAGGUUCUCAAAUGUGUGGGCCGACCAGUGGCUGUGAGAUGGACUGCGAGGCCCAUGAGGACUUGCUGUGUUACCUGAUUGAUGACGGUGGCUUCCUCAUCAUGUCCAAUCAGAAUCAAGACUGGAACAAGAUCGGCAUGUUCUUCAGUGAGGUGGACCCAGCUCUGAUGCAUGUCCUCUACAACAACUCCUUCUACAUCUCCAAGGAGUCUUAUGAUUACCAGUCUGUGUGCGGCCCUGUGCCUAACAGUAAUACCGGAGCCGCACCUAGAGGAGUAUUUGUGCCCACUAUUGCAGACCUGCUAAACGUUGCCUGGUGGACUUCAGCAGCUACAUGGUCUCUGUUUCAGCAGCUCCUUUAUGGUUUUGCAUACCAUAGCUGGUUCGUUACAGAUGAUGUUUAUGCAGCAGAGACCAUGGACUCCAGAGAGACUAGCUGCGUCACAAUACAGAAGCAGUUCUACUUUGGAAACAUCAGCAGUGCCUACAGCAUAGUGCAAGACUGUGAGAACUGCUCCAGGUUGAUCCAUGCCAAGAGGUUAAACAACACCAACUUGUUAUUUGUGGUGGCUGAGAAGCUGCCCUGCAACACCUGUGACAUAGAGAAGCUGUCUCAGGGUGAGAAAGAAUUAAAACAAGAAGACCCGUGUCUGGACGUGCCAACACCUCGGUAUAGAAAAGGGCCCUCUACUUGUUUUGAUUACAACGUUGCAGAGAACACCACAGACUGUGGACGAGGACACUCUUUCCGCCCGUCCAUCCUCACUUUACUCCUCCUCCAGCUGCUCGCCUUCUCUCUAAUGGCCUGCCCUCAUGUUUUGCCUUUCUCUCUUUAACUCCCUCCACUGCCUAUCUCCCUCUCUCCGCCCUAAUCCCCGAUUUCUCCUUUUCCUUCCCUCGCUCUAGUCAUAGUUAUUAAAGGGACUUCCUGUUGCCCCACAUACGGAAGCCCUGCAUACUGCAUCAUCCACUUUGCUUCACAGGUUGCUGCUUUAGUGACCAGCGCAGAACUUGUCAAUCAGCGGCUUUUCCAGGAGGAGCCUGACGUUACCUUAAGUGUUCUCCACGGCAGGAGAACGACAUCCACCUAGAACCAACUAAUGAAACAGAGGUAGCGUUGAAGAGAAUGAAACCCUCGUCCCCAUCCCCGUGCGGUACAGCCUGCCUUUACAGAUGUUUGUGUAGGAAAUGCAUUUUAUCAGACGCUCUUCUUUAACGUUUAAGCCAUGCUCCUCAGUCUCCUCUUCAUCCUUUGACUCGAAUUGCCUAAUCUGACACGGGGCUACAGAACAUUCUGCCAUUUUCUAGCAAUUGGUAAGAAGAAUAUGGAACUUGGUUCAAGUUAACAAAAAACGACAGUAAGAACCUGUGAGUAUUUAAAGCAUACCUCCAUGUGUUAGGAUAUAACCCGGGCGGAAAAUGAUUUAAAAAAAAAAAAAAAAAAAAAAAAGUUGCAUCAUUUUUCAUUUGUUUAUAUAUGCACUAGAUCUAAUUCUUGCCAAAAUGAGAUAAACUUGUGGUGUGGUCUUAUUUUUCUAGCCAAAUUAGGAGGAGAAGAAAAAAAUAGGGGAAAAAGUAGGGGGACUUGCAGGAAGAAAGAAUGCAAGGCCUCAUGUUAGAGAUCAGGCCUGGAUUUCAGUUCAUCUCAUUUGUUUUUUUUUUUGUUUUGUUUUGUUUUUUUUUGCUGUUAUUUUAUUAGUCAUAAGGGCUUCAGUAAGCAUAUCAUUGUGUUUGUCUGAUCAGCAUACACGCUGGAACUAAGAACCGGGUUUAAUCAAAUGUGGAACAUGACAUUCAGUGCCGUCGUUAAAUAUCCAGUAUUUAGAAAUGAAGUGGAAUCGCAGCUUGAACUCUGCCAUCAUCAGUGUGCAUUCUGUGUAGUUGUGUGUUUACAGGGUAGAUGUUUUACACCACGGGUUUUACAGCAGUCAAUAUUGCAGUAGACUGAUGAACCUGGCUAACAAUGUUAGUGAAUAUUAAAAAUAAAAAAUAAAUGCUUUUCAAGGUUAGUCUAAUCAUUUCAAUUCAAUUUAUUAUUAUGAAGCUUAUAAUGGAGACUUGGAGAUCCUUUUUUUAUUUAAUUUUUAUUUAUUUAAUUAGAAUCUAGUAAAUCCUAAUGAGGGCCCAUCUCCUCCGGUAUUAUUCUUUUUCCUCUCUUUCUGUCUCUGUUGUGCCUUGAUGCACUUCUGUAUCAUUACAGAGUAGAUGCUUCACUUAAAAAAAAAUGUAAGGAAUCUUUUCAUCCUGACCCUCAUGACUGUACAGCUCCAGCAUGUUGUUUGCCUCGCACCGCCUUUGCAUUUCUUUUAUUAUUAGUAUAUUAAUUGCCAUAGCUUUCAGAUUAAACCGGAAGUGACCCUGCUGUCAUGCCGAGGAUCUUCCGUCAGUGCAGGCAUUUCAUGUUCACCCAAGCCUUUCAAAAUCUUUCAAUCGAAUAUAUAUAUAUCGAACAAUUUGUAUGUGUCAGUACAAGAAACAUAAAAAAAAAAUACUCUUGAUCCACAUCAUGGUCUGGUUUUCCAUUUCUUUAAACUUUUCCAGAGGAGCAGCUGAUAUUAUUAUAGCGAACACUAACAAAACUGAUCACUGUUUAAUACACUGUGGACUCCACUCUUUAACUGACUGUUUAGGAUUUAGGUUUUUUUUCCCCAGCCAUGAAUAUUCAGUAGACUGUAUGUAGGGUGGCAGAAUUGGUGACUCUUCAUUGCCAGCAUCCUCUGGUCAGAGAUCAUUAAGCUCUUUGCAUAUGUGUAUGCGUGUGUCCGGACCCGUGUAUGUGUCGUCUGCUUACAACGCAGCAAGUUAUGAUGUGUUUGAACAGGUGUAGGAAUGAAAAAACUGAUUUAAUUAUUAAAGCGUCAAUUGUGUAUUGUAAGAGGGAAAAAAAGGGAGUCUCAUUUUCCGCAUGCGUCUGUCUUCAGGUCAGUUCACAAAGCUUUGUCUUGUACAUUUGCCUUUUUUUUUUUUUUGGUUCCACCAUGCUGUUCAUCCAUCUUUCUGCCUGGCUUUACAUAACUGAAAAGAGUGUGUGCUUGAGUAAAAGUGUACAUAAACUACCCCACCUGUGACUACAUUCACAGAGUGUAAUCAGCGAUGUAAUUGACUGUUACAUAAACAGCAGCAACUUUUUUUUUAUCUUUUAAAUAUCAGCCUUCCAUCAUUAUAAGUGCAAAUCAAUUAAAGCACCAAACAGGCGUUUGGUGUAAAGGUCAGUUAUUAAUCCAUACGUUAUCAAUAAGCAUAAAGACAUGCCAUAACCUUUGAUGAAUUUGUGUAUGCAUCGAGACACAAAUCAUUAUUAGAUUAUCUAAUCUCGCUCUUUUCACUAAACACUUCCUUUAACAUACAUGAAGACAUGCACAGGGAAAUGUGUGUUCGAUAAUCUGAUAAGUCUAGAAAAGUUAAUGCCUUAUGCUUUGUCCUGUUGUGAAUCACAUCUAACCUUUGCCUCUUGAUUCGUUUUACAAAAAAAAAAAAAGAUGAAAAGUCCUAAUAUAAAAAAAAUAAAAAAUAAAUCAAAGCUGCCUAAGAGAUGCUAAAAUAUUUUGGCUAGACACUAAAAUUAAACUGUGAGUGUGUGUCUGUGUCACUGUUCCACAUACACUGGAACAGUGGUUUGUGUUGUUCAGUGGAUUUAAAUUAAUUUUUUUUUGCCAAAAAAGGUGUUUAAAAAAAAAAGAUAAAAGGAAGAGGUAGUUUGGAGGGGAUGCAUCUGUCCCAUGAUCCACCCGUAAUGGGGAGGUUUUUUUUUUUUUUUAACAGGGCUGCUCCCUCAGCCUUUCCUCUUCUUUAAGAACAGCAGAGUUAGGUGUGCUUCAGUGGGAGAGCCGCGUGUGUAUGUGACUCUGUAGUCCUUAGUCUGGUGCUCUGUGACAAAUGUGUGAAAAAAACAAGUAAAUAAAUAAAAAAAGAAAAGUAAUCUGUCAAAGGUGAAACUGAAUUUAACAUUAAGUGAGGUUUUAAAAAACAAAUAAAAUAUAGGAACACAGUACAGCUGAUAAUCAUGAGUUUGAGGUCUGCCAUCACAGUGGGAGUUUCUUUAGUUGUUGAAUUGUGCGCGUGUAUGUGUGUGUGUGUGUGUGUGUGUGUGGAAGGAGCUAACACCACUGGCUCUAUGGACACUAGUCUAUGUUGCUCCAUUCUUUUGUACAGAAGAAAAAAAAAACAAUAAGGGAAACAUUUGUAAAAUAUUGUGUCUGUGACUCCUUGUAAAAUAUUUUCAAAAUUGUUUAUUACAGAGAAUCAGUUAUUAAAUAAUGUUCAUAUUUUUCACUUCA